AUUAAUCCGAAUAGAAGGGAUAAAGUCUCUAUUUCUUACCCAGAACAAAUAAAGGAGCCCUGGGACACAUUUUAGUCGAUAAACACUCAAUAAUAAUUUGUAUUCACGCAUCAGAACGUCACGACCGGAAUAUACCGGGUAGAUCUUUAACUGCAGACGAAUAGAUCGGACUACCUUUUCAGUUAAUCCAAAUCUUCACAAUUGAAAGGUCAUUAUUCGUAAUUGUGUUCAAAUAUCCACAAUGGAGAAUGUUCGUUACCGUGUAGCAAAUGAUAAGUUUGAGAAGAACACUUAUUAUGUUGACACAGGAUUUAUGUACUUGGAACAUGAUCUUACCACUGGGGAGGUUAGAAAUGUUAGCGAGUCCUACAACGAAGACGCACAAGGAGAAAACCGUGCGAUAGAAUAUCAAGGUCAGAAACCCUUGGCUAUUACAGCAGGUCCGGGAUCUCGGGCUGCAUCUGUUAUAAUGCCCAUGAACGAGCCUGUGCAAGUUGCAGAUGACCCAAGGAUUGUCCGAAUGUCAAUUCCUGAAAGAGAGGGAUCAGUUAUUAUCCCCAGUAAAAAGGGCAAAAAGGGUAAAAAGGAGGGAUCCGUCAUUUUAACAAGGAAUGAAGGACCAGUCAUGAUGCCACGUAGAGAAGGGUCUGUCAUCAUCACACGCAAUGAGGGGUCAGUUAUUAACGGGUCCGUAGUUGGUGGAUCCGUGAGAUAUCCUUCAGAAAGAAUUGUGCAAAGAAGGAUCGUUACACCUACGGAAAGGUACGCCUUGUCUCCAAGAGAGAGAAUCAUGCCAGGACCGAGAUAUGUCCAAGGCCCAACAACCCGUCCACAAACAGUGAGGGUUAUGCAAUCACAAAAUGGUUACGCUCCAGCAGUUAAUUCGAUUCCGGAAGGAAGAAGAGUUGUCUACGUUGUUGAUGAUUCACAACAACCAGGACGAUACGCAACACAGCGUGUUGUUCACAGAAAUGAUGAUUAUGAGCGCCAACAUCGCGACAACAUACACAAAUUGUAUAAAACAACGAUAAAUGUCGGUAGCAGCGAUUCGGAUUCGAAUAGCGAUGUCCCGAAAGAAGUAAUUAAAACCCGAUAUCUAAAUUCUGCUAAUAAUAGAUUUAGUAAUGUGAAAGGAGUUCCAAUCGCGAAAAUGUAUGUGCCAACUCCAGAGGGACCUUCGAAAAAUUCCAAUUCGGACAGUGAAAAUAGUUCUCUUGAUAGUGUUGACAUUAAAAGGUUCGAAAAGGACUCAAAAAAGAGCAGAAGAUAUCAAAAGAGAAAGUGAAUUUGACGAAAAUGAAUUGUGCAAUAAACUACGCGAGGUACAGGGUAGAGAAUGAAAUCAAAACUGAUAUCCAACAAGAAAAAAUAGUUUCGGAUUAUACUGGUAGACGUGUAUUCCAAACCAAAUUUUCGAAUUUUUAACAGGAAUUGAAUACAUCACUAUCAUAAUAAAGUGCUACUGUCAUAAUCAAAAAGUGAAUAUGUUAAUCGUUCAUGUAUGAAAAAGAAUAUGAAUAUUGAUAUUAUAUAUAUAUGUACAUAAUAUUAUUUUUAUACUUAUGUAUCCAAGUAGUUAAUUGUGAAAAUUACGAAUCUAAAUUAGGAUGUCCAAGAACAUUCCGAAGGUUUGAUUGAGUUGACCUUGAUUAAGGGUAAUAACUCUGUAAAUCAGUAAUGCGUUUAUAAUAGGUGGUUUUGUCAAUAUAUUUUCAACACACAUUUUCACACAAUAUUCUUUGUCAUUAAGAAGUUUGAGUAAAUGUAGUUAUACACCUCCUAGAGUAGAUAUUCAAAUCUCCGACGAGAAAUGGAUGACUGUAGCAUUGAUUGGCAGUCUAGUCCCUGUAUACUGAAUAAAUGAGGCCCCUCAUGGGGGGGUCCUAGUAAUCACAUAAUCACCAUUUUUUUGCCAAUAUAAUCACAUAAUCAAAAACCCCAUGAGGGCCCUCAUAAAUCUAAAGGCGUACAUUUUUGUAUAGGAAUUGUGCUUAGUGAAAUAAAUUUACGUGAUUUAUGAAAUAAUGCACCCAUGAAUAUGGAUUGUACAUUUUACAUCCACAAAGUGUAGUAAAAAAAUGUAGAACAAACGUAAUUAAGUGAAGCGAACGAAUAUUGAAGUUGCCGAAGCAAUUUGAAAGAACGCAAAAAAUACCAAGUGCAACGAAUUUUCGCGAAUCAAUUUCAUGUUUGCAAAAUAGACCGGAAGACCUGUUUAAGCGUUUAAGAAUAACUUUUACGCUUUCAAAACAUGAUGAGAAAUGUAAACCCCGGUUAACCAUUUGCAAAUACUGCCCUAAAUACCUUUGAAAAUUAAAGGUAUCCCUUAAGUUGUCUUUAAGAAGACUAUAGUUACGUGUGGUCAAAUUUUAAAAGCAAGAAUGCAUAUUUGUACUGUGUUUUUGAACUUUUAAGUAGUAAUUAAACAUGUGUGGUAAACGUGUUGGCGUUUCGUAGGUGACUUUAUUGAAUAAUAUAUUUAUACAUGUGUUGAAAUACUCCUUUACACUUUAUUCAUGUUCCAUAAAACUUGUUUGAUUUAAUCGUUUUAAAAUUUGAUGAACUGUUUCGUCAUAAUUUCUGUGGGCGCAUUUCACCAAAUCAAAUAUGACACUGAUGGGAAGUGAACAACAUAUAAACCCGAGGUUGAUUAGAUUUAUCUCCUGAAUUUUACCGCCAUAUCCAUUCAAAACACGUCACUCGGUAUUUUCCGUUAUAUUUAUCAUUAAUAGUUGUAUGAUGUAACAAUCAAUGUUAUUUUUAAACGUUGUAUAUUCAUUAUUUUUCUUAUAACAACUUUGAACCACUGAAGUUUUAUUGAAAUUAAAAGACAGUAAUUAUAUCAUCAAAUAUCCUUAAUACUGAUAUAUGAAGUGUUAUAAGAUUUUGAUAUUUAUUUAUUUGAAAGAAAAGAAGAUGAAUUUUUUAUUGUCUUACUCAUUUUUCGGUUUCCUAUUUCAAGUCUAGUUACCAUGUAGAUUUUUUUCAAAAAAGAAGUUUGCAAGUUAUCACCAAGGUCAGGUUAAGGUUACUAAAUACUUUAUGUGAAUGAUAAACUUUGUACCUCAGAUGAAUAUCAAAGAUGUGUUAAUUUUUCGAGUGUGAACUUUAAGCAAUAAAAAAUAUCAAAUUUUACAUGCAGGGCGAUUUGAUCUGUGACACUCAGUUUAAAUUUCAAUUUGUAAGACUAUUAUAUUUUGAUGAUCUGUAUUUUUGUAUUUAUUUUCCGAGUCAUAGCAAUCAGCUCAGGAGUAACAAAUAUAGUGCAUUGCACGUAUUUUGUUUCUUGUAGGUUUUUUCGAAGAUGAAAUGUACGAUCCGAGUAAAAUUGGUAUAAGGCCAAGAUAGAAAAUACUUGUUUACGCUUCCCUUACCUACGGUACCCUACGUUAAGGCCUCCACAUGCUUUCUAUACAGUUUGAAUCGGGUCUUAAGGAAGUAAUUAAUGACACAUAGUGGGUGGUCCUAACAAACUCGAGUAAAAAACAAAAAAUCAUAUCAUCUUACCCCAUUUUUAAAGGAGGAAAUUAUAUAUACAAAUUUUGUUGGCUGUCCCUGCAAUAUUAUUAACUCGUUAUUGUUUUGUUGAACAUUUUUGUACUAAUGCUCAGGGUUAGGGCUUUAACCGUUUACAUUUUUUUUUUAAUUCAAAACAUAAUGUUGAUUGAUUGUACGACGUGAAUGUGAAAUGUUAAGUCUUUCAACAAAUGCGCUUACUCUUCAACACAGGGUAGGAUCCAGGCCUCGAGAUCCAGGCGAACCUUCACCAAAAAAUAUUAUGUGAUAGAAAAAAAAAAUAUUGCGAGAUUUUUUUCUUAGACCCCAUCCCAUAUAUACAUAUCCAUGCUCCUAUUGUGUAAUCCUUGAAUGGGAUAUUUGUACAUUUGUUAUAUAAGUUGUUUUAUAUGUUUAUAUAUUGUAUGCAUAAAUUAUACUAUAAAGUUACAUUGGAGAUAUUAUAAUAAAGUUAUAUUGUUAUUAA